AUGCCAUCUGAGGACGAUGGCGUUGUGGCUAAGGCCUACGGAGAAUACAAGCUCGCUACGAGAUACGUUCUGCACUGGCUCCAGUGCCAGCAUCAGCUCUUGCUUCCCAAGAGCACCGCUUCACUGACUUCCACAAAGGCUUUCCUGGAUGCGGCCAGGGUAUUGCAGAAGAAAGAAAUUGGUGUCCCUACCUCGAUUAUCUCCUCAUUGCGCGAGGCCAUCACCAAGCGCCGAAAAGUCGCCAUCGUCUACCGAGCACUUGGCGCAGGCCACUAUGAACAUGAUAUCUUUGUCAAAAGACUUGAAGAACUUCUUUCACUUCUGAUGCCCCUAGAAGCUGCUUCCGCGACUUCUUAUUUUGAGCCUUUCCCGCAGCACACCUUUGUGGCAAAGAAUCCAUUCUCCCUGCUUGAGCUUUUGGCCGAUGAAUCAGACAAUGAAUCCCAUCUUUCAACGGACCAUGCGCCGCCAGAGACAAACCACGCCUUGCCCCAGCAAAGAGCACCUCAGAUCGCUCCCAACGACGACAAGACGCCAGAAAUUUCGCUCCAAGACGACCAGCUGGAAGUGCUUGCCAAGAUCAUUUUAUUCAUAUAUGAAUAUGAUGCUUUGCAAGCUCAAUUACGACAAUAUGCGACCGAUGCCGCCAGAGGUACCCUACCUCUGCCUGUGUUCGCGACAUUGACCAGCUUUGCCUUGAAAUACCUCAUGAGAUGCGUCGCGCCGAUCAUCGCCCGGGACAGCCACCAGUUCUCUGACUUCUGGGGACAUGCUUACCAACUCCACGCCCUCUUCCCGAGCUUCGCCGCCAGCCUCGCUGGCCGAGAUGGAAAUGUUUCGGGACCGGUCCGAUUCGCCACCCUUGGUCAAAUGAUUCACAAUUUCGACGUCUAUCAAGAGACCAAAGCCGUGGAACAUGACCAUGGUAUCUACCGUACCACUGAUACGGUGCAGCUUCUCCCGUAUCGGACCCCUGACGCCAGGAUCUCGGUUGGUGCGUGUGGAGAUGGCAAGAGGAAAGAACUUGAAGAAGACUCUGUCGUUGUAAUCAUGUCGACCAUUGACAACAUCAUUGCCGAAAGAUCUGCGAUGCCCAAGCCAAGAGACACCGAGCCCGGCGCCUUGUACCGCCUCGACACGAGCACUCCGCUUCAUCUGGCGGUCGAGGAUUUCCUUCUCGGCCUGCAUGCUCAAGAUGCACCUCUCCAAUCCGGCGUGGUUUUUGGGGUCGACAUUCUUCUGUCCACGCACGAAGGAUUCCUCUGGGCCGACGACAAGCUCAAUAUUCAAAGCUGUCACCAAAUGGCCACCCAGCUAUCAAAGGAAAUGCAGAACAGCAUCGUUCCCGUCAUCAGCGCCGUCAAGCUUGUAUGCGAGAAGGACCACACCGGUGGCUUUGGGCUGAUUCUGCAAGCUCUGCAACAUUUGCAUCAAGACCUGGGCGCUUACCAACGCCAAAUCCACUCGGAUAUGUAUCACGAGGCGCCUUGGACCGCUGGACACCACAUGGCCGAGAUGCUGGCACGCGCUCAUAUGGCCGGCAAUAUCGUCACCUGCGGAUGGAGCAUCGUCCCCUCGGUAUUGCACAUGUACAAUGCCCUUCGCAGAUCCGAUUUCAACAUCCCCGAGAUCCCAAUUAUGGAGCAGAUGUGCGAAGUUUUCCGAGAAUCCAUGUUUCUCGGCACCAUUCCGGACCGCAAUUUCCAUUCUCACUACUGCCAGGCUACCUUUGAGACUAAGAUCUCUAACGGGAGUCUGCAGAUCCGGAAAGGAGGCAAAGAUAGCUUUCGAACCAAGUUUUUCCAUUCGGCGACCUUGGAUUUUCACAUUCACAAGCAUUCCAUGUCCCCGCGCGUGCUUUGCAAGAUCUUCGACCUGCCAUUCAGCACCAAUCCAAACUACGCGCUAAAGGAGAAGAUGCGGUCUGCAAAGGAAGAAAACAUCCGGAGCAUCAUUGCGAAGGCUAAAAACGCGCUUUUCUCGGAGUUCGACGGCCCUAUCCCUGUUGCACGGAUCAACCAAUUUGCCAUCUUCACGCUCUGCGCCGGGGUUCUCAAUAAUCUGAGUGGAUUCAAUGGCCCAAACACAAACCGCCGAGUCAAGAAUGCGCUUGACCCAUUGCACAGAGGGGUGCAAUUGGUCGAAUUGGUGCUCGAAACCAUUGUUAAGGCCCCCGGAAAGCUCAAACGAGGCCAUAGCCUGCGUGGUAUCGAGCUUCUGCAAGCCGCCGCCGAGGCAUUCAAUUCAGUCGACAAGAGUACAAGCCUGAAGCAGCAGUAUCUUUGGAAUAUCUGA